AGAAUAUGACCCAGAUGCAACAAUGACAUCCAGAUUCGGUAAAACCUACAGCCGCAAGGGAGGAGAGGGCACGUCCAAGUUUGACGAGAUUCUGUCGACCAAGAGAGGCACGCUCAGUACCAAAUGGGGGGACACCAAAUACAAGGCCAAGGUGGGCUCCAAGCGUGUCGGCGCUCCCAAGAAUGACUCAGCCUCGGGACUUAACAAGAGGUCCCGCCCGUCCGGGGAUGGCUUUGAGGAUCCGUUUGGAUUCGACAGCGAUGAGGAGUCCAAGCCGGUUUCAUCUCGCACGAGCAACAAGUCAUCGCCCGCCAAGCCAGCUUCAGCAGAGCCCCCCCAGGCAGAACGUCCAGGUGUGUCUCUGCAGAUGGGGAGCAGGUCUAGUAUCCAGGGAGGAUCCCACACCUCAGUGUCCGCUCGAGGGGCGUCAUGGCUGCCCAACGACAGGAACCAGACGAGGGUGAUGGAGGACACCGCUCGCUUCUUCAACAGCAGCAGUACGAUCAUCGGGAAGUCCCAGCAGGGUCCUUCGUUGUCUCAGAACCAGCACAGCUACUCGUGGUACCAAAAUGCUUCUGAGAGUGAUAAGAAGCCGCUGGCUCAGACCAUCACCCUGAAGACCGGCUCAGAGGCCGACUCCACCUACGACUCCUGGGAGGCCAUCAUGGGUCUCCGUCCACCAUCACCCAGCCAGGAACCUCGCAACCCCGCUCCAACCCUCUCUUGGGUAUCCACGGGGGUCACCACGGGCAGCUGUAACAUACGGCAGCCCCCCUCCCCCCCACGCCUCCAGAGCCUGAGCCAGGACCUUGGGGGGGACUCAGACUUCCUCGUGGAGACAUCAGAUUACUCCCAGACUUCCUCGUCCUCCUCCUCAUCACUCAUAAGAAACUCUAACUGUCGGACAUACAGGAGGCCCAACAAACAGGGUGCUGGUAAAGCCUCGGACUCCAGCGGCUUUGAUCUUCCCAAAACCACUUCAGAUGGCAGUAAUAAGACGACGGGGGGCGGAGGGGGGCGGGGAAGAGGAAGGACGAGGGACUACACGGUGCUGCACCCCUCUUCAGUUUCUAUGUGUAACGUCACCAUCCAGGAGCGGGGAGUGGAGGAGUUCAGUACUGAUGCAGCGCCCUCUAGUGGUAGCAGUGGAGCGGGCGCCGGCAGCACGGCAGAGGCGGGAGAGGCGGGCUGGCAGCGGAAAAAGACCGAACAACAAAACACCAGGUCCAGACCGACCCAGGCCAAGUCUAAGAAGGACAGCAAACUAGAGCUGUUUGGUUUCGAUGACACAGAAGUCCGUCAGGAGGAGAACAGCGCAGACAAUCCAGACGGAGGAUCCAGCUACAAGAUCAAAUACUUUGGCUUUGAUGACAUGAGUGACAGCGAGGAUGACGAGGAUGAUAAGAGCUCUAAAGAGAGGAGGAGGGCCAAGAGGGCCGCCAUGGCCAUGGCAGACCCGGUGAUUACCAUAGAAGAAGAAACAUCUGCUGAUGAAGAGCCGCCAGAUCCCUUUGAGCGUCUGGAGACUCCAGAGAGACCGACAGUGAAGGACAAGAAGAAGAACUCUGAGCGCCAGGAGAGCCGGAUACGAGCAGACGUGCUGGACUUCUCAGAGGAAGGCCUCCAAGUUGUGGCUGGGGUCCCCAGGAGGCCGCCUCAGGGCAAAGCAGCCGAGAAGAACCCGGACUCCUUCAGGAGAAUCUUCAGCGCCCACAAGAAGGUCAGAAACCAACGUCUGUUAUUUACAGUCGCCAACAAGAAGUCUCCAACCAAAGCUGUUUACAACGCCCGACACUGGACUGUAGAGAGUGAAGAGGAGCCGCCGCCAUCUUUCUUCUCACGAUCACAGACGACACCUGCGCCAGUUGCAGCCGGAGCGUCCAGUAAGGAGCCGUCUGAUGCUCAGAAGGAUGACGGUGUUUUCAAGGCUCCGCCCCCUCCUCCCAAGGUCACCAAGUGUGUGACCCUCCCCACAGAUCUGUACCAGGACACGGUCACCGCACUCAAAUGUCGCAAAGAGCACAAGGAGCUGUACACAGUGGUUCAGCAUGUGAAGCACUUCAAUGACGUGGUGGAGUUUGGAGAGAACCAGGAGUUCACUGAUGACUUUGAGUAUCUCGCCACGGGUCUAAAGAGCGGACAGCCUCUCAACACACGCUGCCUUAGUGUGAUCAGCCUGGCCACACGCUGUGCCAUGCCCAGCUUCAGGAUGCACCUCCGGGCCAGAGGGAAGGUCGCUCAGGUUUUCAAAACGCUCAUUGACGCGCCUCAACACCCGAACCUGGCGAUGUGCACGGCGUCUCUCAUGUACAUCCUCAGCAGAGACCGGUUGAACAUGGAUCUGGAUCGGUCGUGUCUGGACCUAAUGAUCCGGCUGCUUGAGCUGGACCAGGACCAGGGAGGCGUGCCGGGGACGGAGACGGAGACGGACUCCUCUGCUCAGCUUAGUGCCAGAGAGAUCGCCAAAAUAAAGGAGAAGAUCAGGAAGCUGUGUGACACGGUGCACAACAAACACCUGGACCUCCAGAACAUCACGACCGGUCACUUAGCCAUGGAGACGUUACUGUCCCUGACAUCAAAGCGAGCAGGAGACUGGUUCAAGGAGGAGCUCCGGCUGCUGGGGGGACUGGACCACAUCGUGGAUAAAGUGAAGGAGUGUGUAAAUAACUUAAACCAGGAGGACGAUAAGGAGAAGCUGGGCUCGGCUCUGUGGGGGGCCGAGAGGUGUUUACGGGUCUUAGAGAGCGUGACCGUCCACAACCCCGAGAACCAGAGCUACCUGAUCGCCUACAAAGACUCCUCGCUGAUCAUCUCCUCUGCAAAGGCGUUGAGGAGGUGUGAGGCGAUGAUCCAGAGGUACAGCAGGGAGUUGAACUCAGACGGUGCUGUGGGUAAAGCUGUGGAGGAUUGUAUGAGGGCAAUAAUCGGCGUGCUGCUCAAUCUGACGCAUGACAACGAGUGGGGCAGUACAAAGACAGGAGAACAGGAGGAUUUGAUAGUGACGGCCCUGAACUGUGUUCUUAAAGUCCCUCAGUAUCUCCCACAGGAGCAGAGGUUCGACAUCCGAGUGCUGGGUCUGGGUCUGCUGAUCAACCUAGUGGAGUACAGUGCGAGGAAUAAGUACUGUCUGAUGGAGAUGGAGAUGGAGGGGGGUCAGGGUCCCUGCAACUCCACCGUCCUGAUGAGCCCGACACACCAAGACAUCAGCGGCCCGCUGAGUGCCAUCGCUGCACUCGUACAGCUGUUCCUCCAGAGGGAGCGAGCCGCCAUCCUGGCUGAGGCGCAGACUGAUGACCUCAUCAAGGAACCGGCAAAGCCCGCGGAUCAGAGCGGGCAGUGGCAGGAAACGGGGGGCGAGAUCCAGUGGGUCGCCAACGACACCAACGAGGCGGACAAACCAGAGGAGGACAAGAAGAAGGAGGAGGAGGAGGACGGGGAGCUGGACCUCAACAAAGCUCUGCAGCACGCAGGGAAGCACAUGGAGGACAGCAUCGUGGCUUCAUACACAGCACUGCUGCUGGGCUGCCUGUGUCAGGGGAGCUCUUUGAAUGUGACUACUGUGAGAGAAAACCUGCCUAAAGGAGAUUUCUCCAUCAUGACAGAAAUGCUGAAAAAGUUCCUGAACUUCAUGAACCUCACAUGUGACGUGGGCACCACAGGACAGAAGUCGAUCUCCAGGAUCAUCGAUUAUCUGGAGCACUGUUAGAUUGAAGUCACACGUGGUCAUCGUCCUCCUCGUCAUCGACUGGUCAUUCUGAACAGACUCAUGAGGAACUGAUAUUUGAUCAUCUUAAGCCCCUCCCCCUCCUCCUUUUCUUUGUCCUCUUCUGUGGUUAAAAUCUGUUUUUCAGUUUCUCCCUCUGAUCAGCUUUAUUUUUCUGCCCGCUGUCAUGGUUACCCCCCCCCCGCCUGUCGUAUCGAUCGAGGACAGAGUGGAGCCGGCGUUUUCUGCAGCCUGUCAUCAGAGCGCCGUGAUAAUCAUCAAAACAACUCCAACUCUCUCCACGCCGCCGCAGUCUUCUUCUGUGGUUUCUACUUUGACCCCUCCCCUCUGUCGGAGCGAGGCGGUCUGAGGCCGACCAAUCACAUGCUCAGACAGGGGACUGCAGGGUUUCACGGGGUCUUUGGAGGCGGGUCAUCUUCAACCCGUCUCUUUUCCUCCCAGCAUGCCACUCUCAGAAGCCGACCUCACACUCGGACUUAACGACCCCGCAGGUCGUAAAAACCGUCUGGAGACUUUGAUCUGCGCCACACACCUUUCAAAGAAUCGAUGGCGUUCUCACUCGACAUCAAAGCGCUGCGUGUCAGUGAGACCCGAGGUGUCGACCCACCCCCCUUCAGGUCCAUUCAAUAACCGCCAACGUGUGCUCGCCGCUCGCUGCUCGUAGAGACACUUCACUAUCCGCACCGAGGCAGCCCGUUUGAAACUCCUCCUUCUCACCAGAGGUCAAAGGUCAGAUCUGUGGAGCUGUGUCGUAAGGUGAGGUCGGACUUUAAAGGAACGCUUUUAUCAAAAAUAAUCCAACGUCAAAAACUCUACCACCGUUAUUCUUUAAGCCGUUAGGAGGGAGACGCAGGAUGUGGUCAGAGGGGCGGAGACUCAGUGAGGGGCGGGGACUCAGUGAGGGGCGGAGACUCAGUGGGGGGCGGGGACUCCGUGAGGGGCGGAGACUCCAUGACUGACGGUGAAACAGGAUAAUUUGUCUGAAUGUGAUGAUCGUCUCUGAGUCACGCUCAGGUAAAGGUCGGGGUCAGAGGUCGUCUGCACUGAUUUCAUUUUAAAUCAUCUCAACACGAGAGAACACGUUUAUUUGUUUAUUUGUUUGUUUUUAUGAAAGACGCUUCAUCGUUUUUAACUUUCUGUUUCAGCAGGUUCUCCUUAAAGUUACACACACACACACACACACACACAGAGACACACACACACACACACACACACACAGAGACACAGACACACAGACACACACACACACACAGACAGACACACACACACAGACACA